UAUUGCCUUGCCUUGCUUGCUGCCUCAAAAAAAGUUGAACUGUCUACGGAUGAAGUGUUUGUUGGUUUGUCGAGAGUUCGCGAUUUGCUACUUUUGCUAGAGAUUUCGACGUGAUUUCUGCUAAACGUUAAUCAAGUGUUGUUUGAACGUUAGUGGCGGUGGUGAUUUGUUGAAGUGUUUAAUUUCGAUUCAGAUUCAGACUGUGAUUGUUGAUUUCGGUGAAUAAUCAACAAAGAUGUCUCUCUUCGGAUCGUUGAUGGGCGACGUGGAGGACGAUCCGUUUUUCGGGUCUCACAUGCGUCAAAUGCGCCAGAUGAACAAUAUGAUGAACUCCUUGUUCGCGGAUCCUUUCGGCAUGUUCGGAGGUGAGGGCCCUCUUUCCAUCAUGGGCCCUCGUCACACUAACGCGAUGAUGCCUUUCAUGCCUCAGAUGCCUGCACUCAACAGACUUUUCACUGAUAUGGGCAGUGGCAACAUGCACCAUGUCUCCCCCGGCAGCUCCUUCAGCAGCAGCACCGUCGUCAUGUCCAGCGGACCUGGCGGAAAGCCACAGGUAUAUAGUUCCACCAGCAGCACAAAGAUUGGCCCGAACGGCAUUAAGGAGACAUGCAAGACGGUGCAGGACUCCCGCACUGGUACCAAGAAAAUGGCCAUAGGUCACCACAUUGGCGAAAGGGCUCACCUGAUUGAGAGGGAGCAGAAUUACUACACAGGCGACGCCGAGGAACGGCAGGAGUUCAUAAAUCUGGAUGAAGAGGAGGCUGAGGACUUUGACAGGGAGUUCCAAUACAAAGCCGGCUCCUCGAACGCCCGCGGUCGCACCGCUAUCCAGGCCGCCCGCCGCGAGCCACAACGCCUCGCCCUGCCCGCCCCGCCGCCCACCGUACAAGUACCCAAUACAAGUAGUGAGGUGUCAGGGCGCCGCCCCAGUUCAGUCCGGCCGGCCUCCCGCCGUCCCAUACGGACCGCUGCCAGCCCUCUCACCUUAACCUCCAGUUCCAGAUUGUGGAGGAGGCGUUACUACUAUUAAACCCCCCGAGCGUGCGCGAGGUAUACGGCGGGUCGCACCCGCAGCGCCACCACCGGCACAAGCAACACAAGGCGCACGCACACCGACCCGCGCCCGCCGACCACUAGACCCACAAGCCCUGCAAGCUCUAUUAACCCCGCGAAAGACCCGCGACCACCCGCGGCCCGACAGCGGCGUAGACUACGGUUACACAUCACUACUAUUUAUGUAUUUUAAUUUAAUUGUCCAACAGCCGGUGAUGUUUCAUUUUAUUUCAUUUCUCCUACAUUUUAAUAUCAAUUGCCAUGUGCAUAUAUGGACCGGUCUAGGAUAUACAAACGAAAAGGAGUAACGGUAGAACGGGGUGAAUAGAAUUCGAGGGGUGAAUAAAUACAGAAGGGGUGUGAAUAAAUGUUGGGAAAAAUAACAUCUAUUCACCCCAUUCUUGUGUCUAUUCACCCUUUGAAUUCUAUUCACCUCGUUUUAAGGUAUCUUUUUGGUUUAUGUUUAGUCCUUGAGGCGCUAGUCUUUUCAGCAAUAGAUUUUGUUACUAAUCUAUUCGUUAAAUUAACGACAAACUAACAUCUAGGAGAGACUAAAAGGACUUUGUGCCUCAGUGGCGCCAACUAGCGAGAAUGAAUUUUGCCAAAUUGACUUAUGUUUUUGAUUAUCUGAUUACGAGUGUCCUCCCGACAUUUCACAUUUUGCGCUCAAUGACGUUCGUUCCUUCAAGUAACGUGUUUUGAUUAAGUUUGAUUUUUGAUUAUAGAAUGAAUUUGAAAAUUCUAGAAUUUUAUUUUCGGGUUUCCUGAUUUUAGUCGAUUACAAAUUGUAUUCAGUUUUCAUUAUUUGUAACAGUGUGACCUGUAGCAUGCGAACAAAUAAAUUUGGACAGGUUUUCCGCGUGUUUAUUGCCAAAAUAUGUUUGAAAAUUUAUUUACGCGGCCUUUCCGAGGUCUUUGGAACUGCAAGAUUCUCGUUUUUAGUUAAACUCCCUUGAUCUCUUUUCCUGUUCAAUUUAUUUGUUGGCAGGCCGCUGCCGUUACAAAACGACUCGUGAUAUCGCCUUGUAUCGUGAUCUAUAUUGUCUAAUGACUUCGGACGUAGACUUAGUGAAAAUGUAAUAAAAUAGGACAUAAAUAAUAAUAUUCAAAUGUCAUUGCCCCUCGGCGCAAAACCUCCUUUGAUUGGACUCUGUACGCGGUGACCACGACAAAAUGGCGACCUGUCAAUGAUGGCGGCAAAGUUUUAAAGAUGGCUGCCAUUGUUUUCGAUACAUAUUCCUUAUUAAAAAUCAAUUACAGUUUCAAAUUCUACAAAUAAAUAGUUAAAUAAAUUCAGUGUCGUGGUAAUGUGUGCUUUGUCCAAAAUUCCAUAACUUAUCUACCUGUAUUCUCCCACCUGACAACCGUACUCUGUGUUAGAAAAUAGUCUGAUAAAUUACCGUGUUCUGUAAUCUGUGGCGAUGGUUACUUUUGCCCCAAUUCAUAUUCAUUGUAACAUGGUACUUACCAUCUAUAUUGACCAACUACAUCAAGCCACAGAUUUAUUUAAUAUUAGGUAGAUUUAAUGUCAUAGUAUACCUAUCUGUCUCCAACCAAUAUUUCGUAGUUCAAAACAAAAUUCUAAAAAUUGUUAUAAUAUAAAACGUUGAUUUUUCGGAAUUUCGUGGAAAAAACUAUUCAUUUCAAAUUUUACAUAUCCGAAUCUUGAGUUUAGAAUAGCAUUCGAAAUCUUAAGUUCUUAUAUCGUAAAUAAGAUUAUGAUUAAUUAUAAAAAACUCAUUAGUUGUAUAAGUGUCGUACUUAUAAGUUUUUUCGAUAAAUUGUUCCAAGUUCAUCCUUAUAGAGGUCGACUGAUAAAUUUUUGUUCGUCAUUCUUUAAUUUAUUCGUCGAUUUCGAUAAAAUAGUAAUUUCAAUACAAUAUGAAGAGUUUCCAUAGAUGUAGAUGUCUGUCUGUGUACCCUCUAGGCGGAUAUUAGUUCACAAAGUAAUAAAUAAGGAUUUUUUAGACUAAGGUCCAUCGGCCAUUGAGACGAGUUACUGUUUGCAGCUAAAAUGGCACAAAUGGCGUUUUGUUAAUACAGAGUAAACUUUGACUGUGAUACCGUAGAGUAUAUUUUGUAUUACCUCGUCGUGCGAAGGUAGAAGGGUUAGUUUCCAGUUUGAAGGUUCCCGUGUAGUAUUAAUGACAGGUCUGAAUGGCCCCUGGUAGUACGUUUACCUCCAUCCCGUCAUUCUCAGUUUGUUUGUCGUAACAACAGUUCUGCACAAAAUUACAACGGUGCUGGACCGCUACAAAUCGCUCAUUCCUUCAAAUAAAUUAAUUAUUUUAUUUA